GUCCACACCCAUGUACUGUGUGCAGAGGCAGCUGUUGAAUGUCUGUCAUUACUGAAGUGCAACAUUAAAGUCUAGCAGUGUUCUGCUGUAAGCGCGCGUCAGUCAUGGACUGCAGAGUUUUGUCAGUCCAGAGUCAUGUUGUCAGAGGAUAUGUCGGAAACAAAUCUGCAUCUUUUCCUUUACAGGUGCUGGGCUUUGAAGUCGACACUAUCAAUUCUGUGCAGUUCUCCAAUCAUACAGGAUAUGAGCACUGGAAAGGGCAAGUGCUGACUGCAGAUGAAUUGCAAGUCCUGUACGAGGGGAUCAAGCUUAACAACGUGAACCAAUAUGACUAUGUGCUCACAGGGUACACUAGGGAUGAUUCAUUUUUGGAUAUGGUGGUGGACAUUGUACAGGAGCUGAAGAGGGCAAACCCGAACCUGGUGUAUGGUAUGUAUAUAUUAAAGCAGUAACACUUUUCAAUAUUA